UGACUCCAGUGAGCUUCACGCAGCCGCUCCCGCACGCAGGUUAGGUCCAAUGUCCAGCCAGGUGCCUGACCGCGGGGCCGUAUCCCUCCGCGGUGAGUCCAGCAUGGCUCCGCUGCGGUUCUGCGCCAACGUGUCGUGGCUCUUCACGGAGCUGCCGGACCUCCGCCAGCGGCUCCACGCCGCCGCCGCCGCCGGCUUCCGGGCCGUGGAGGCCGCCUGGCCGUACGACUCCGACCCGCUGGAGCUGCAGCGGGCCCGGCAGGCCGCGGGGGUGGAGGUGGUGCUGCUCAACACCCCGCCAGGAGACGUGAAGGCCGGCGAGCUCGGCCUCGGAGCCGUCCCGGGACGAGAGGCGGACUUCAGACAGGGCCUCGAUCUGGCUCUGACAUACGCUCGAGCGCUCGACUGCAAGAGGAUCCACCUGAUGGCGGGACGGCUUCCCGCCGGCGCCCACAGGCCUGCCGUUGCCAAGGAGAUGGAGGCCAUCUUUGUGCAGAACCUGACGUACGCUGCCGAUGUCCUCGCCAAGGAGGGGAUCACCGGCCUGAUCGAGCCCAUCAACACUCGGCUCACAGAUCCUCGGUACUUCCUGGACUCUCCUCAUCAGGCGGCUGCGAUCCUGGAGCGGGUGGGGAGGCCCAACAUCAGGCUGCAGAUGGACGUUUUCCACUGGCAGAUCAUGGAUGGAAACCUGACGCAGAACAUACACAAGUAUUUCCCCCUGAUCGGCCACAUCCAGGUGGCUCAGGUUCCCGGCCGGAACGAGCCCGACAGCCCCGGGGAGCUGAACUUCCCGUACCUGUUCGGGCUGCUGGAGGAGCUGCAGUACCAGGGCUACAUCGGCUGCGAAUACAAACCUCGAGGAUCGACAGGUGACGGCCUCGGCUGGGUGAAGGAGUACUGGGCUCAGAGCGAGUGACGGGCCGAGGAGCAGACGGACCACGAAGCCGCCGGCGCCCCGUCCCGUCCCGCCCCGCCCCGCCCCGCCCCGUCCCGCCCCGUCCCGUCCCGUCCCGUCUGGCCUCCAGAGUGAAAUCCAGCAGCCUCACGUUCAGACUGCAGCUCCGCUCGGUUUGACACACGGCAGCCAACAGGCCCGACGCCGCCAUGCUGACCCAGUGUCGACUCCAGCAGCUGAUUUUGAUUUAGUCUUAGUCGUUUGACCAAAGUGCAUUUUAGUUUUAGUCACAUUGAAUUAUAGAACUGUAGAAGUGUUGUGAUUUUUUUAAAAUAUGAAAUCAGGGCAGUAGGUUUUCCUGGAGCACAGAGGAUUUGAGCUGCUCUUCGGUCUGAACUGCAGGCCUUUAAUGGGCGAGCGUGACGAGCCGGAGCUGCUUCUCUUAUUAAUAAACAUAACAACCAGACGCACACGACGUCACGCCUGUUAUCAUCUGGGAUCUAUUUUCAGCCCGUCUCGUCUCGUCUUAGUCAUGGAAAAAAAAUAAAAGGUCAUUAACUAACGUUUUUUGUCGUCAUCUCUGUUGAUGAAGUUAACACCGGCUGGGAUUGGACUCUGAGAUUCUUUUUUUUUUUCUGAAAGUCAUAAAACAAGAUAUUUUCUUGUUUGCAGUCCUUUGCCUUAGACUCUGUUUUUACUGGAUCGAGAGUUACUGGCUUUGUGUUUCUCUCUGUGAAGGCCUGUAAAGCUCUCUGACACUGUAAACUGUGAUUUUCUGAUCUGAAUAAACUCAAACUUUAAUUUGAAACUUGGAAAAACGAGUGGUCGGUGAAAUCUGGAGCUGUCGGAGUCAAUAUUCAAUCAUGCUGUUUUAGAGACUCGUGUAAAUCAUGAAGGACGAUCAGCAGGAUUCAUUUUCCUGACC